AUGGCUAACUCUACCUUCAAACAAUAUUACCUGCCUGAGAAGAAGGGUUUCGACAGUCUAGUUCUGCGUGAAGUGCCGAAGACUUCCCCAAAAUUCGGCCAAAUCCUGGUGCGAAUCAAGGCCGUCUCACUGAACUGGAGAGAUGGAAUCAUUGCCAUAGGAACCUAUCCGUUCCCAGGGCCAGAUGCUCUUGUCCCCGGGAGUGAUGGAGCAGGAAUUGUUGAGGAAGUGGGAGAAGGCGUGACAGAAUGGAAGGUUGGCGACCGGGUUCUCGCCAAUUUCACGCAGGACCACAUUGCUGGGAGGCUUAACAAGCAAAGUCUCCUCUCUCAGCUGGGUGGGGAGAUCCAAGGCCUGCUCGGCGAAUACUUCGUUUUUCCGAAGACCGGGGUGGUCAAGAUCCCCGACUACCUGUCCUUCGAGGAGGCAUCCUGCCUUCCUUGCGCCGCCCUUACGGCAUGGAACGCGCUUUAUGGCCUGGUGCCUAUUCGCCCUGGUCAGACAGUCCUUCUCCAGGGGACUGGAGGGGUGUCUACGUUUGGAUUGCAGAUCGCCCAUGCCGCCGGCGCAACGACGAUUGUAACCUCCUCCUCAGAUGAGAAGCUGUUCAAGGCCAAGUCCCUUGGUGCCACUCAUCUAAUCAACUACCGAAAGAAUCCAGACUGGGCUGCUGAGGCCAAGAGGCUCACCGGAGGCCAAGGUGUCGACCAUAUCAUCGAGGUGGGCGGUACUCUCACUCUACAGCAGUCAUUCGAUGCCAUUGCACUGCAUGGACUCAUCCACUGCAUUGGACAUAUCACAAACCCUGAUCCCUUGGGUGCGGGCAAAGCGCUACGCGGUCCGGAUGCAGCUUUCCUGGCGCUGGACCGAGUCUGCAUCGUGCGGGGCGUCGUGGUCGGGUCCCGAGAGCAGCUGCAAGAUAUGCUCGAUUGCUUCCAGGGACACUCUAUUCGACCGGUGAUUGACCAAGUCUUUGAUUUCGAGCAAACUAGGCAGGCAUAUGAUUAUCUAUGGAGCUCCAACCACACAGGAAAGGUAGUGAUUCGAGUACCCUGA